AUGGCGACCGAUGCCGCGCUGCAAGAUCCGCUCCUUUCACUCCGACGUGCGAUUGCGUCAGGCAACCUCCCAACGCCCACAACUUCGUCCGAGCUCUCCGAUCAACAUGCCACAGAAGAACUGGCCAAAGCAACACAUCUCUACUUCUCCCAGCCUACCCCUCAAACAAUUUCUUUAUCAACUAUCACAAGGUUCAUCUCAGAGGCGACACAAUCCCCCGUCGAUCUGCGCAGUAUCCUAUUCGCUUGGCAGAAUAAAGAUGUCGCCAUUCCCGAGUACAUCGCUUCGGCGGAGAAGUUUAACGAAGACUUGAAGCAGCAGACACAAGAAGGAGCCAAAGAAGAGAGCGUCCAGAUUCUUGUCUUCGUCGAGCGCCUCGACCUAAUCACCUGGUUGGAAGGCGCUUCCGAUGAAAGUGAGCACAUCAAGCCCCUCGAAGGUGCUGCUGCUGCCGCCGAGGCCGCCGCCGCUGCUGCGGGCACCGCACAGGCCGAAAAUGCGGCAGGUAUUGCUGCGGGUACUACUGGUGGUGUUUUGUCCGUCCCUAGUGGCGCCGCAGGGGCAGCACAACAUGGAGCUCAAGCGGGCCGCCCACAGAAGCACAUCGAUCCUCAGCUACAAGAGAUUUACAAUGGAGAGCGCAAGACCGGUGACCGAAACACAGUAUUGCGCGGAAUCAAACCGACGGACUUUUCGCACGUCCGCAAGAGCGCUGAGCUAUUCCUCGACCGAAACCGCAAUCGCCCCGGUCAGCCAAGUGCCAAAACAAACAGCAAGAGUUCUGUCCCCGCGCCCUCGGCCGGACUGUCGAUGCCAUCAGCGCGUAAAUCCAGCUCCUCUCACUCCCGCCCCGACCCCAUCAUCCUGAUCUCGCCCUCCGCCUCCUCACUCAUCCGCAUGUCAAAUGUGAAAACCUUCCUCGAGCAGGGCAUCUUUGUACCACCAGAUCACCCCACUCUCUCCAGCACAACAGACGCCAACAUCGUCAAGCUCGAGCGCCCCCUCCGCAUCAACAGCGACCCGUCCAACCCGAGCUCCAGCGCCAUCGGCUCUCGCACUGGCGGUAAGCCUACCCGCCCAACGAAAUUCAUCAUCGUCGACGGCACAGCCAACUUCAAGCCUGAGUAUUGGAACCGCCUCGUAGCUGUGUUCACUACUGGCCAAACCUGGCAGUUUAAGUCAUACAAGUGGUCUUCGCCUCCAGAGCUCUUCAAGCACGCUACCGGUGUAUAUGUCGGCUGGCGCGGCGAAGAGGUCCCCAGUCAGGUAAAAGGCUGGGGUCGUGGUGUGCAUAACUUCGCGGUUGAGCGCUGGGAUGAGAAGAAUGGUGUGCAGGGUGGUGGGCGCUGGCGGGAUCGUGAGGUCGUUGAGGGUAUUUGGUCGGCUAUUGAGGAGGGCAUGAGGCUUCGUGGUUGGGGUUCCAAGUAG